AUGGUUUAUUCAGCAAAGAAAAGGGAUCGGAAGUUGAUCAAGUCAUUUGCAGAGGAGGCGCUUUGCAAGGAUGGGAUUCUUCUCUUUUGGUUUAUCGAGGGGCAUGCUGGACCACUUAUUGCCAGAGAAAUACUUGGAGAAAUAUUUGACUACUACAAGGAGAAAAUGCAUUACGAAGACGACGGAGAAGAUGAUUUAAUUAAAAAAUCUGGCAAAAGUUCCUUCUCUUCACAAAGUACUGGUUCAAUGGAAGACGAUUAUGUUGAAGAAGGAGAGGACGAUGAAGAGUUUUAUGGUGGAGGAAAGGCUGCUUUAACUCACAGAUUUGGAAAUAAUGGAGGUGGGUAUAAUUAUAUAUAG